ACGGAUCAUAAAUAAAUGAUCCCCUCUUUACUGCACACAAGACUCAAGAGUACUCAUCCAAUUCCACAGUCGAGCCACGUGCAAAGAAGCUGCGUUCCACACCACUCCGCACGUGGCACCAUUCCACAACCGAUGCUCUAAAUCAUCAUUCACCCACUCCUCUCUCCACACAAUCCUCAAUUCCCUCACAAACACCAUAACCAUAAAAUUAUCUCACACAGUCAAAAACACAACAAGUUCAUUCAUUUUUCACUUCACUUGACUAGUCCAAUUAUCUGAUGCCAAAUCAAAACCAUGUCUGACCCAUCCACCACCCCAUUGCCACCACCACCACCACUCUUACCCUCCCCCCACCCCCACCACCACCAUGUUCCACUUAUCCAAGGCGCCGCCGCCACCGCACCCUCCUCCUCCUCCACUACCCUGGCCCGAGAAUACCGCAAGGGAAACUGGACCAUUCAAGAGACCCUCAUCCUCAUCACUGCAAAAAAGCUCGACGACGAGCGAAGGCUCAAAACCCCUGCAUGUAGCACCUCCACGACCACCACCACCAGAACCAGCGGCGAGCUCCGGUGGAAAUGGGUGGAGAACUACUGCUGGAGCCAUGGGUGCUUGCGAAGCCAGAACCAAUGCAAUGACAAAUGGGACAACCUCCUCCGCGAUUACAAAAAGGUUCGCGACUACGAGUCCAAAUCACAAUCCCACAACGACAACGACAACGACAACGACAAAAACAACUACCCUUCUUAUUGGACCCUCAACAAACAACAACGUAAGGAACAGAACCUCCCUUCCAACAUGGUCUUCGAAGUCUACCAAGCCAUCACCGAUGUCCUCCAAAGAAAACAAACACAAUCCCAAAGACAACAUCAACAACAACCACUGGCUAUUCCAUUAGUUACUUCCUCGCCCUCACCACUUCAAACACUUCCACCACCUCCUCCUCCACCACCACCGUCUCCAACGCCUCCUCCUCCGCCGGGUACUUCCACCACUCCGGCGGGUUCAGAGAGAUCAGAAUCAUCAGGAACUGAGCACAAUGAGCAUGAUGAUGACGAUGAGUCGGAAUCAAAACGUAGGAAAGUUAAGAGCCUUGGUUCAAGCAUAAUGCAAAGUGCAUCGGUGUUGGCACGAGCUCUUAGGAGUUGCGAGGAGAAGAAGGAGAAACGGCAUCGUGAAAUGAUCGAGCUGGAGCAAAGGCGGAUUCAGAUGGAGGAAGCUCGGAACGAGGUUCACCGGCAAGGCAUCGCCACCCUUGUCGCGGCCGUCACCAACCUUUCCGGUGCCAUUCAGUCUCUCAUUAAUAAUUCUGAACGCCAUGGCCAAAGAUAAUUAAUUGAUAUGGCACCAUAUAAUAAUAUAAUAUAUGCUUCUUCGCCUAGCUAGCUAGUUUAUUACUAUUAUGUGAUUGAUCAGAAAAUCAUAUGAUAUCUAUCGGCCAUUCUUUUCCUCUCCAAAUUCAAUUGUUGUCUAAUAUUUUUGAGUCGGUUUCACCACCAAUUGAUUUCAUAUGAUAUAUGUCAGCUGGUAUGUGAUCGAUCCAUAUGGUAUAUGUUUCAUUAUUCUUUGAUGGAGAUCAAGACCAUGCCCUAAACAUUGAUUGUUUAUUGGGACACAGUUGUUCUUGUGAUUGUUAUUAUUAUGUAUAUAAUUUAAUUUAAUUGUUGUCUUACA